AUGAUGGGGAAACGGUCUCAAGCCUCAUUCAAAUCCGCGGCUACACCUUCUUCCUUUAGCCAGGGAGAGUCACGUCCCCCAAAUGCCUUUAUGACACCUCCAUCAAUGGGAGCACUAAAUGUAAACAAUUCAAAUUCUCAGAUGUCUACCUUAACGAUUAGUCCUAUGGCAUAUGUUGCAAAUACAUCUACAGAAUUAUCCUUUAUAAGAGAAAAAAAUUUAUCGACUGCUGGCCUGGAGUCAUUAUCGCGCGAAGAAUAUCUGCGAAUGUGGAGGCAUGAUGCAUUAAUGCAGCAACAAUACAAAUGUGCCGCGUUUGUUGGUGAAAAGGUCCUUGAUAUGACCAAGGACUCAAAUGAUGCAUUUUGGCUUGCACAGGUCUAUUGUUGCACUGAAGAUUAUGCUAGAGCAAAAGGCUUGCUAACAAAAGAAAAUUUAUGUAAUCAAAGUUCGGCCUGCAGGUAUUUAGCUGCCUUCUGUUCUGUUAAGUUGUUUGAUUGGCAAGGUGCCUUAGAGUUGCUUGGCGAAACAAAUCCUUUUAGUAAAGCAAAUGGGAAUAGUGAUAAAUUGCGUAUGCAAGAUGGCGGGAUCAAAUUAGAAGCUUCAAUGUGCUAUUUGCGUGGUCAAGUGUAUACGAACUUAAGUGAUUUUGACCGUGCCAAGGAAUGCUAUAAAGAAGCUUUGAUGGUCGACACCAAAUGUUUUGAGGCAUUUGAUCAGUUGGUAUCGAAUCAUCUUCUUACAGCGUCUGAAGAAUGGGAGUUGGUAUCUAAUCUUGAUUAUUCGACGUAUUCGAAAGAAGACGCGAAUUUUCUGAAAUCGCUAUACAUGUUACGCCUAAAUAAGACUUCUCAUGAAUCUGAGUUAAGAGCCGCUGAAGAUUAUUUGACUUCUAUACCUGGUUUGGAAAAGAAUGCUGAUCUGUUGAUUUCAAAGGCUGAAUCACUUAUCCUCCGAUCUCGUUUCGUUGAUGUUCUAAGUAUAACUUCAAAUAUUUUAGAAAGCGAUCCUUACAACAUGGCUGUUUAUCCAAUACAUCUUGCAUCUCUUCAUGAAAUGGGUGAAAAAAAUAAGUUGUUUUUGAUUUCACAUGAUCUGGUAGAUCGUCAUCCUGAAAAAGCUGUCACUUGGCUCGCCGUUGGGAUAUACUAUUUAUCUGUUAAUAAAGUACAAGAAGCACGGAGGUACUUUUCAAAAUCAUCAACAAUUGAUCCCCAAUUUGGCCCUGCUUGGAUUGGAUUUGCUCAUUCUUUUGCUAUCGAAGGCGAACACGACCAAGCCAUUUCAGCUUAUACAACCGCUGCCCGAUUAUUUCAAGGGACUCAUCUUCCUUAUCUAUUUCUUGGAAUGCAGCAUAUGCAACUCGGAAAUAUAUCAUUAGCCGAUGAAUAUUUGCGAAGUUCCUACUCUCUAUUCCAGUAUGAUCCCCUCUUACUUAAUGAAAUGGGAGUUGUUGCGUUUAAUAAGUCCGAUAUGCAACAGUCAAUAAAGUUUUUUAAUUCUGCUUUGCAACUAGUAAAGAAAACACAAAGCAAUGAGAAACCAUGGGCAGCUACUUGGGCGAAUCUUGGUCAUGCUUACAGAAAAUUAAGAUUGUUUGACGAAGCAAUCGAUGCUCUUGAGCAGGGGCUUGUUUUGUCUACUCAAGAUGCCAGUAUACAUACUGCAAUAGCUUUAGUCUAUAUGCAUAAAAAAAUGCCCGAUCUCGCAAUCACACAUUUGCAUGAGAGUCUGGCGAUUUCUCAAAACGAAAUAGUGGCCUCCGAUCUUUUGAAACGUGCCCUUGAAGAAAAUUCUCUGAUACCUGCUGUUCCUGAUGAUUUGGUAUACGAAGAUGCCGUCAGCGAGUAUAUGCAGCAAUCUACUAUUAACGCGAGUAAUGGCAACGUUAUGGGAUAUCAUUCACCUCGCUUUGAUGAGACUUUAAAUAACAACUCUUUAAUUUAUGUGGAUACGCGCUCGGAAAUGAUGAUGGAUGAUCCAAAUAAUGAUCUUUCUGAGCAAUGA